CUGUUCAUAAUAUUAUUGGGACAGGCGCCGUAUAUAUCAGGGCGAGAGUCGAGAGAGAGAGAGAGAGAGAGAGAGAGAGAAUGGGAGAUCAAGAGAGAAAGAAGAGCAAUGGCGGCAAUUUGAUGGCGGAGCCGCCGACGGACCGCCCGGUUCGGGUGUACGCCGACGGGAUAUACGAUCUCUUCCACUUCGGCCAUGCCCGUUCUCUCGAACAAGCCAAGAAAUCGUUCCCAAACUCGUAUUUGCUUGUUGGAUGUUGCAACGAUGAAGUGACUCAUAAAUACAAAGGCAAAACUGUCAUGACUGAUAAGGAGCGCUAUGAGUCUCUCCGCCAUUGCAAAUGGGUUGAUGAAGUUAUUCCUGAUGCCCCAUGGGUGAUCAACCAAGAGUUCCUGGACAAACAUCGGAUCGACUUUGUGGCACAUGACUCUCUUCCCUAUGCUGAUGCAAGUGGAGCUGGCAAAGAUGUUUAUGAGUUUGUGAAGGCUGUUGGAAAAUUUAAGGAGACAAAACGGACUGACGGAAUCUCUACAUCAGAUAUAAUAAUGAGGAUUGUCAAAGAUUAUAACCAGUAUGUGUUGCGCAAUUUAGAUCGGGGCUACUCAAGAAAGGAGCUUGGAGUUAGCUAUGUGAAGGAAAAGAGGCUGAGGGUGAACAGGGGACUGAAAAGUUUGAGUGAGAAAGUGAAAAAACAGCAAGAAAAAGUGGAAGAAAAGAUACAAACUGUAGCAAAGCAACGCAACAUAUGGGUGGAGAAUGCUGAUCGUUUGGUUGCAGGCUUUCUCGAAAUGUUUGAAGAAGGUUGCCAUAAAAUGGGGACAGCCAUUAGAGACCGAAUACAAGAACGACUACUGGCAAAGGGAAAUGUAACAGGGCUUCUAUAUGACAAUGGAGAAAGCGGGGAGGAUGAUGAUGAGUAUUAUUAUGAUGAAAGCACCGAAGACGAGUAUUAUGAUGAUGAAGAUGAAGAAGAUAAAAAAGAAUGAGCUUCUUCAUUCUGUUCAGUCCUGAAUGGUGGAUGCUAAUUAAUUCUUCUGUGCUUGCUGGUUGCCGUCGGUACCCUUUAAAGCGGAGAAGACAGCCUUAGUUGUGUAAGUUUGUGAAACUUAGCUUGUUUGUCUGUAAUAGAACUUAAGCAGUAAAGAAUCAGUUGGUUUCCCGUUAUGUGGAAGUUUUUGCUUC